UCCUGCGGCGCCAAUCUGCCGCUCUUUACCGGCACCGAGGGGGUUCUGGGCUCCGCGCUCCGGAUCGGACGGGCAGCUGGAGCGAGCGCCCCUGCGCGCGACACACAUGCCAUGGAAAUGAACGGCGAGGGCGAUCGAAACAGCGGGGGGGAGGCCCCUCACAGAGGACACUGGGGUCGCGGCACCCGACCGCUCAACAUGAACCACUACGCCAACAAGAAGAGCGCGGCAGAGAGCCUGCUGGACGUGGCGCUGCUGAUGGCCAACGCCUCCCAGCUGAAGGCCGUGCUGGACCAGGGCCCCGAGUUCACCUUCUACACGGCCCUCAUCGCGCUCAUCAGCAUCUCCCUCAUCCUGCAGAUCACCGUGGGCGUCCUGCUCAUCUUCAUCGUCAAGUGGGACCUGAACGACGAGACCAAGCACUACAGGCUGAACGUGCUGGAGAAUAUCAGCACGGCGAUGGUGUUCGUCAUCCUCGUGGUGAACGUCUUCAUCACUGCAUUCGGCGUGCAGAAGCCCGGCAAGAGCUCCUAGCGGCGAGCCCGCCGUAACCAGCCCCCACCCUUCCGUACCCUACAGGUCCACGCCAGGAGUCACCCCGGGAGAGGAGUGCAGAUGGACAGCGGCGAAACGCCCGGAUCCCCGCUGCCGGUCGAACGCGAUGGGCCGCGGGGUUCAGAAACGGACCGUAAACCUCCUUUAUGGGGACACCUAUGCGUCCCAGCAUGCGCUAGUGACACAGGCCGAGAGAUACCAAAAGACACGAGUGCCUCACUGCCAGCAUUAGGUCAUGGGUUUAUUUUACACAUCAUGUAAACACACUGAGUCCGAGUUCUUGGGUAUAUGGCACGAAGGGGGAUGUAACGGUAAUUAACGUACAGAUGGCUUCUCAGGAGGCAGUGCGGGAGCGGAAAAGGGCUUCAUGCACAGCGAGGAAUAUUUCUUGCGUUCCGUUCACUGCUAUCUGUACAUUUAAUGACAACUCAGAAACGUUCAAUAAUUAGACCUGUGAGGGGGAUAGGUCUUCAUUACAGAUCCCCCCCCGGUUCAAUUCGGCUUUUCUAAUACGUAGACCUUAGAGUAACAUGCAGAAACCAUCGUUUUUACGUCUUCACGUUGCAGUUAGGCAGAGGGGGGCAGUUAGUUUUCAUUUACGGUGUUAUUGUAUCAUUUGUUUGUCUGUGGAGCCGGGAGUACGAGUGCUUCGUACAAGGGCAGCCGGGCUUUGCGAGGUCAGAUAAGCCACCGGGAGAGGAGGAUCAUGGGAGAAAACUCAAGGUCUCUCCGCAGCGGUCUGAGGUCCAGACCCAUGUGAGUGUGGGAAGAGCGCCACCCGGUGUCCUCUGAUCUGCAGCACCUUCGCUGUGUCUCAGUCCUGCUGCUGACUGUGGUUCGAGUAUCACCGGCAUCAUCUCAGUCUGGGAGGCAUGGGAGAUAUAAGUAAAUUAGAAAUUGUUUACCCAUGUUUCUCGCACCAUCACUAUAAUAAUUGGAUUUGUGUUUAUAGAUCUCGUUAUUUAUUAGGUACUUUUGAUUAUGGCUGUGUUAUUUCUAGAAGCUGCGUUCCAUAUUUGUAUCUCAGAAGUGUUCGUUAUAAGGUGCCUUUCACUACACCUCAAACUGUUAAGCUCAGAUCAAUAUUUAAAGAGCAGUUUUACAACACUGGAAUAUCAACAGAGCAAAGCGGUGGAAGGUUGAUAAUUAAUAUAGCUUUUAAUUUCAUAGUGGAAGCUUUACGACCUAUUAUUGUGCCUGUUUUGAGCAACAUUUCAGUAACAAAUAUUUAAUAUUCAUUUUGCAGUUCUUGAAGCAAGGUUAAGCAAUAUCUCUGUCGGGUGCUUUCAGAUCAUUAGAGGUGAUGACUGCUUGUUUCUACAGGAAAGUGGCACCAGCCUCCAUCCCAGCAGGCCCCAGUUACCUGCUGUUUGAAGUGUAAAUACAUUCCUCUCGCCUAGGUGCCCCCUAAAGUGCGCGUACUGAAAAUCUGGUGUGAGGAACUCUCCGCAGGACUUCGGGGACCAGUAACAAGGUCGAUGUGCUCAUACGCUCACUCGGUGCUUACACACAGUCUCCUCACGCUGGGGGGAUGGGCUGGAAAAGGCCGUAUAGGCAAGUCCUGUAAAAACAUGCAUGUAUCCAGUACGCUGCUCUAUUUGUCUCUAAUAUAGUUUUUUUUUAUAACCAUCACCUUUUUGUCUGAAGAUAUUGCUUUGAUUCGCUGUAAACUGCUUUGUUGGCAGGACAAAACUCAGCUUGUAUUGCCAAAGAAUUCUUAUUCCACACUACAAUU